AUGAUCCUCGCCGUGGGCGCUGUGGUGCGAACCGUCCCCACCAGGGUGUUGAAGUCCCUCUUCAGGAUCUCUGACUGCCUCAGACGCUACAACCACUCUAACUGCAACACAACCAUACGUGCCUACCUGGUGGCUAAGGCUAUUGGCGAGCCCCCACUGUCGUCGUUAAUGCAGGUUCAGUGGCCCCCAGUUCCAGCAGUGGUCCCCAACCGCCGGGCCGUGGACCGGAGUCUCCUGUCUAAAGAUCUGCUGCUGUGUCCGAUCUGUGUGGAUGUGUUCACUGAUCCAGUCACCACUCCAUGUGGACACAACCUCUGUAAGAGCUGCCUUACACAGUGCUGGGACAAGAGUCAACACUGUCACUGUCCAUUAUGUAACAAGAACUUCACCAAGAGACCUAAACUGAAGAUUAAUACAACACUGAGAGAGGUUGCAGAUCACUUCAAGAAGGCACCUGAGGUUCUUUGUGAUGCCUGCAGUGGAGAGAAGCUGAAGGCCCUAAAAUCCUGUCUGGAUUGUGGACUGAGUUUCUGUAAAAUUCAUUUAGAGCCACAUUAUCAUGUUCCAAAACUUAAGAAACACAAACUAAUAAACCCUGUGGAGAACCUGGAGGCCAACAUAUGCCAGAAACAUGAGAGAGUUCAGGACCGACUGAAGAAGAUAAAAGAGAUCAAACACUCAGUAGAACAAAGCAAAAGAAGCACAGAGAAAGAGAAAGCAGACAGUGUUGAAGUCUUCAUUGCUCUGAUUCGCUCCAUUGAGAGAAGUCAGGCUGAGCUGCCGGAGAUGAUGGAGGAGAAGCAGAAAGCAGCAGAGAGGAAGGCUGAAGGACUCAUUAAAGAGCUGGAGCAGGAAAUCAGUGUGCUAAAGAGGAGAGACACUGAGCUGGAGCGGCUCUCACACACUGAGGAGCAUCUCCACCUCCUACAGAUUUACUCCUCCAUGUGCAGCCCUCCACACACCAAGAACUGGACUGAGAUCAGCAUUAACACUGAUGUGAGUGUGGACACUGUGAGGACAGCUCUGUCUCAGCUUCAGCAGUCUCUGAAUGUGAAACUCACUAAAUCACUCAAUGACAAGUUAAAGAAAACAGUUUCCACAGAACUGAAGAGGAUUCAGCAGUAUGCAGUGGAUGUGACUCUGGAUCCUGAUGCAGCUCAUCCUGAACUCAUCCUGUCUGCCGAUGGAAAACAAGUGACACAUGGAGACAAAAGACAGAAUCUCCCUGAUACACCACAGAGGUUGUAUCGGUAUAUCUGUGUUCAGGGAAAGCAGGGUUUCUCCUCAGGGAGAUUUUAUUAUGAGGUGCAGGUCAGAGGGAAAACUGGCUGGACAUUAGGAGUCGCGAGAGAGAACAUUAACAGGAAGGGGAAGAUUACACUGACUCCUCAGAAUGGAUUCUGGACUGUGUUACUGAGGAAUGAGAAUCAGUAUGAGGCUUGUGAAGGUCCCUAUGUCUCCCUCAGACUGAGAGAGAAGGUGGAGGUUGUGGGGGUGUUUGUGGACUAUGAGGAGGGUCUGGUCUCCUUUUAUGAUGUGAAGUCCAGAUUUCAUAUCUACUCUUUCACUGGUCAGACUUUCACUGAGAAACUCUAUCCAUACUUCAGUCCUGGUUUAAGAAAAAGAGGUAAAAAUUCAGCACCACUGAUCAUCUCUCCUGUAUUUAAGACUGAAUAA